AAGAUUAGCUGCUCAACGUAUUGUUUCGCAGAUGUGGGCAGCACACUCCCGUCUGAGGCGAAAGGGCGGCGGUGGCUUGAAGUCGAGAAAGGGAGCGAUGAGGAGGAAUAUGUCAGUGUGAGGACGGUUCUUUGUGCUCACGGUAGAGAAGCUCGUCUCGCCAGGUGUGUCUCAUCAGCCACCUACUAGCCUACUUUCCACCUUUACAACCACUGUCGAGGUAGCCAUGGCAACCAGCGCUGUGCCAAGUGACAACCUGCCAACAUACAAGCUGGUGGUGGUGGGGGAUGGUGGUGUUGGGAAAAGCGCCCUUACCAUCCAGUUUUUCCAGAAGAUCUUUGUGCCAGACUAUGAUCCCACAAUUGAGGACUCAUAUCUCAAACACACUGAAAUAGAUGGACAGUGGGCAAUACUGGAUGUGCUGGACACAGCCGGCCAGGAGGAGUUCAGUGCAAUGAGGGAGCAGUAUAUGAGGACAGGAGACGGCUUCCUCAUUGUCUUCUCAGUGACAGACAAGGCCAGCUUUGAACACGUUGACCGAUUCCAUCAACUCAUUCUACGGGUCAAAGACAGGGAGGCCUUCCCCAUGGUGCUGGUUGCUAACAAAGUGGACUUAGUCCAUCUGCGAAAGGUCACAACUGAUCAGGGCCAAGAAAUGGCUGCAAAACAUAAUAUAACUUAUAUUGAAACCAGUGCCAAGGAUCCCCCAAUGAAUGUGGACAAAGCCUUUCACGAGCUGGUCCGCGUUAUAAGACAACAGGUCCCAGAGCGAAACCAGAAGAAGAAAAAGAAGAUGAAAUGGAGAGCGGAGCGUUCCACAGGUUCCCACAGGUUCCACUGCGCCAUCUUGUGACCUCUCUCGUCCUGCUCAUCAUUCACAACAUACACACACCCACACGCACACCAGUAUACCUUUGGAUGUCAGGGAACUCCCCAGCAGUGGUUAACUACUGGAGCACAAAAGGGAUGGGGGGGAAUGGGAGGGUGGUCGGUGGAUGGACCCAGAGGGACGAAGGGCGGAAUGGACCCCUCAGCCAUUCACAAUGCCUUGGAAUGAGUGCUAUGCCGUCUCUCUUCACUUCACGGUCUCUUUCUGAUGUUUUUUGAACCCCCUCUCCUCGUCCGUAUUGAACCCCGAGCUACAUAGCCGCCUAACUGUUUCUCAAUCAAGUGUAAUUUUUGAAUUCAAUAUCAAAUGUGGCACAAGAUGACAAACUCAGCAGGGGACAAAAGACAUGAAGAUGAGAUGAGAAUCACCUUGACAUUGGAGCUUGGCUUCUUGAGAAACAGAAGAAAAAGAGAGUAACUGGCUUAUGGACUCCAACAACCUGCUAUUCAUCACCUUUCUAUCCUUACACUCCUACAGUUUGUGGAAGAAGAGCAUCUGUGUGAUCCCUAGAUAGGCUUCUGUCUUUGUAGAGAAGACAUCGUGAGAGCAUAGUGGUUGAAUGUAAGAGUGGUGACAGUCGACGUCAUGCGGUGGACUGCGAGUUCUGUGAGUGUUGCUUGUGGUUGUGUGAUGCUCUGGUUUCGAAAUGUCAUUUGGGAGAAGAAGGGAGGGUGAAAGAAACAAUAUGUGAAGAGAAAAUGUGUCAUAUCGGUUGACAUGUGAAUGCUAAGGCCAUAUCAGCUUGUUGAAAAAGUGUUUAAAUAUCGUGACUGUAACGCAGAAUAAGAUUUGUCAGUUUAUGUGGUUCCAUUUUAAUGUAAAUGUUACUGGGUUUACCCCAACACUGAUCUGUUAAGGGCCAUGUUUACAGACACUCUUACAGAGGAUUAUUUUCACAUACGCAGACCGUACACAAGAGCCACUUUUUUUCAUCUUUUCAAGUGUUUAAAAUAGUUGGUUUGGUUGCCUCCUCAGUCAUCGUCAGUGGUGUAACGAGUGCAAUCCUUUAUCAGUACUGUAUGAACAAUAGUUCCCUUCUUAACAAAUUAACAAGCUUCUUAAGAAAGUUACUUUCUAUGUUUUUUGUAUCUAAAAGUAUAGAAAAAUACAAAUAUAUUUGUGGUAUAAAAAAAAUCUAAUUAUAGGUGGCAAUGUAAACAAAUUCAAUGCUGUUUUACAAAGGAAAUGCUGAAGGAAAUAGAGUAGAUAAGGGAUAGAGAGAGUUUCAGGAGGUGAAAAAGGCUGGAGAAGCUGAUUUGCACUGGCCACUAACCAAAAUAAUGUGAUGUCACUUUAUUUCAGUCUAGGGGCUUUUCAGACUGCAUUGCUGAAUUCAGGACUAUGUUAUAGGAUGAAUCACGCUCGUUGAAGGACAGACGGUAGAUACUGUAGCCCUGAGAAUACGUCAGCCUCUCUGGGCUGGACAGUGUGAUGCUCCUGGGGCUUAAAGCCAUCUAGACUUAGCUACAGACCACGUUUAGUUGUAGGAAAACCACACACUCGAAGCAGCAACACAUUCAGAGACUCCAUGUUUGUAGUCGUGAGGUGGAUGGGAAUGUACAAUUUAAUAACUUACGAAAUGGCUUGUACUGUUAACGCACUAAAGUUUCGGUGGACAACUUUCCUUUCUGGGUGAAUACCGACUCUUGAAGGAAUACAUUUUUGCACUUUUAAUACAAUUUCCGACUUUCCUAUUGGCAUGUUGUUUUCUUUUUAAAUCUGUAAGUGAAAUGAAAGGCACGGUGAAAAUUAUAUGAAUGUAAAAAUCGACAAACAAAGCGAGCAAACUGAUGAUUAGUGUUGCAACCCUGUGUGCCUGUGUAUGCCUGUUGCCUUGGCGAUGAUUGUAACAGAGAUUUGAUCAUUCAAAAGGUAUUGAAAUUACUCAUUUUGAAUCAAGAAGGUUGCAUAUGAAAAAUCUCAUUUAUCGAAUGGCAUACAAAUUCACCUCUGCAUGGAAGAGAAAAAUCAACCUCAGCAAAAGAAGGACUACAGUAUUAAUUUACGUCGACUGGUAAAGGGACUUCACAAGGAGUUUUCAGAGAAGGACUCAGAACUUUAAAGAACUGAUGAAUGAGCAGUGAAGCAUCAGACUCUGGAUCGUGGGGGUUAAAAGGAAGAAAAAAAAUUGAAUGUGUUGAUGAAAAUAUUGCAUCAUGUAUGUUUGAUACCAUUUUGUAUUAUUGAUAUGAACUGAUAUGAUUCUUGCAAAGUGUUUUUUAAACAACUGAAUAAUUUAUUACUGUCUAUGUUACCUCAGUGUGUCCCAGACCUGGACAAAAAAAAACUAAAUUCCCACCUUUUUAUUUUUCAUUCAUUCCUUCUUUUUUCCCGCUUUUUUGAAGUGUUAUUUUUGGGGCUCUCAAUGGGUCAAUGGUCUUUUGCCUUGUAGUCCCUGUUUGUUGUGGACCAAGAUGAUGAAACAGAACCCGGUCCUGAGCUUAAUAAGGGACCUCUGCUUUACUGGAGCUCACGUGGAUGGCUGCACAAGUGAAAACAUAAUUGUGGGUUAAAGGGUUAGAAGAAGUAGAAAUGGUCCGAGCCAGCAAAUGUGUUUCCCCAUAACUGGCUGCUGGCUCUGGCUUCAUAUUUACUGUACAAGCAGGAAUGUGGUAUCGGUUUUCUCUUCUGUCUCUGCAAAAAAAAAAAAAAGAAAAAAAAGAGCAAGAUCUGCUACUAUCUGACUUUGGUUUUAGGUCCAAAUUACAAUUUCAAAACAGACUGCUACCCUCCUUGGUUUAAUCAUCAUCAGCUGAUACAAAUAGACCUCUGGCAGACCAAAUAUAAAUGCUGAAAGUGAAUAAGUGACUAUGUGUAUGUUUGACCCUGGAUCAUAUGUGAGCCAAAUUGAGCACUUUUGUUUGGAGAGGUAUAAUUAUUUUUCUUUUUUUUUUUCUGUAAUUGUACUUAUGUAAUUGAUUUACACUUUGUCAGUAUGUGAAGGGCCAUAUUAAGUUUAAUUUUGGAUUACAAAAGAAAAAAAAACUAUUUGGAAUUUU